UUGUUUUUCUGUGUUCACAGAUCUAUAACUAGAUUGAUCGUAUAUUAUGGACGUACGUGUACAUGCGUUUCACAUUCGAAGACGUUGAACUGUCAGGUUUUAUUUAUGUAGAUGUAAAAAUGCGAACUUAUUCAACUUUACACGAAUAUAACAAUACAACGUUUAACGGUUUAAAGUUUUAUUAUUGUCAUGUUUUCUGUUAGUGACACCAUCCGACACUCGAUUGCGAUAACAUUGGAUGUGGAGGUGAUACUGAAUGACACCGUUAAGUUAAGCCCACGAUAAUUACGAGCAUCGUGAAGGACGCUAAGUAAAGCCAAAGAUACUUACGAGCAUCGUGAAGGACGCUAAGUAAAGUCCAAGAUAAGUACGAGCAUUGUGAAGGACGCUAAGUGAAGCCCAAGAUACUUACGAACAUUGUGAAGGACGCUUAGUGAAGCCCAAGAUGCUUACGAGCAAUGUGAAGGACGAUAAGUGAAGCCCAAGAAAAUUACGAGCAUUGUGGAGGACGCUUAGUGAAGCCCAAGAUACUAACGAGCAUUGUGAAGGAUGCUAAGUGAAGCCCAAAAUACUUCACUAGCAUUGUGAAGGACGCUAAGUUAAUCCCAAGAUACUUACGAGCAUUGUGCAGGACGCUUAGUUAAGCCAAAGAUACUUACGGGCAUUGUAAAGGACGCUAAGUGAAGCUCAAUAUACUUACGAGCAUCGUGAAGGACGCUAAGUUAAGCCCAAGAUACUUGCGGGCAUUGUGAAGGACGCUAAGUGAAGCUCAAUAUACUUACGAGCAUCGUGAAGGACGCUAAGUUAAGCCCAAGAUACUUACGGGCAUUGUGCAGGACGCUAAGUUAAGCCAAAGAUACUUACGGGCAUUGUAAAGGACGCUAAGUUAAGCCCAAGAUACUUACGAGCAUUGUGAAGGACGCUAAGUUAAGCCCAAGAUACUUACGGGCAUUGUGAAGGACGCUAAGUUAAGCCCAAGAUACUUACGAGCAUUGUGAAGGACGCUAAGUUAAUCCCAAGAUACUUACGAGCAUUGUGAAGGACGCUAAGUUAAGCCCAAGAUACUUACGAGCAUUGUGAAGGACGCUAAGUUAAGCCCAAGAUACUUACGAGCAUUGUGCAGGACGCUAAGUUAAGCCCAAGAUACUUACGGGCAUUGUGAAGGACGCUAAGUUAAGCCCAAGAUACUUACAGGCAUUGUGAAGGACGCUAAGUUAAGCCCAAGAUACUUACGAGCAUUGUGCAGGACGCUAAGUUAAGCCCAAGAUACUUACGAGCAUUGUGAAGGACGCUAAGUUAAGCCCAAGAUACUUACGGGCAUUGUGAAGGACGCUAAGUUAAGCCCAAGAUACUUACGGACAUUGUGAAGGACGCUAAGUUAAGCCCAAGAUACUUACGGGCAUUGUGAAGGACGCUAAGUUAAGCCCAAGAUACUUACGAGCAUUGUGAAGGACGCUAAGUUAAGCCCAAGAUACUUACGAGCAUUGUGAAGGACGCUAAGUUAAGCCCAAGAUACUUACGAGCAUUGUGCAGGACGCUAAGUUAAGCCAAAGAUACUUACGGGCAUUGUAAAGGACGCUAAGUUAAGCCCAAGAUUCUUACGAGCAUCGUGAAGCACGCUAAGUGAAGCUCAAUAUACUUACGGGCAUCGUGAAGGACGCUAAGUAAAGCCCAAGAUACUUACGAGCAUCGUGAAGGACGCUAACUGAAACUCAAGAUACUUAUGAGCAUCGUGAAGGACGCUAAGUGAAGCUCAGAUACUUACGGGCAUCGUGAAGGACUCUAAGUGAAGGCCAGCAUACUAACGGGCAUCGUGAAGGACGCUAAGUGAAGCCCAAGAUACUUACGCACAUUGUUAAGGACGCCUUUAGUAGACUGAACACAAUAUACGCAAACCAAGUAGUUACUGUUCUCCUAUGCACGCAUCCAGUCAGUUGAACACAGCUUACUCCGUUACACACGCCUUUUGGCAAUUUCUCGUAAAACACUUGCAGGACCAGUCUUUGUACCUUCAUAGGUUCUACAAGACGCCAUAGGCAACGUUAGGCACACCGGAACACGCCUGUAGUGAGCGCUCAAACAACACCACUUCCGGUACCAGAAGGGAUGCAUCGGGCUACGGAGCGACGCUGGGCAACGCUGUUCCUCAUCCUGCUCGCCGCUGCCGCCAUCCUGCAGAUGCUCGGCUUCUUCCUGCCCAACUGGCUGCGCGUGUAUGACCCCCGGCUGAAAGUUGCGCAGGACUAUGCACUGUGGUACGUGACCCAGUGCUACGAGGAACGCUGGUCGUGCAGUACUCGGACCUACUACCAGCUGUACAACUGGCUCAAUGCCAACCACACGUUUGACGGAGUGCCGUUAUUGUUGGACAUGGAGACAGUGCGUGACACAGAGGGUCUGUACACUGUGGGACUGUUCGGAGCCAUUGUCGUUUUGUGGCCGUGCUGGAAACGCCGCCAACAGACAGUAUCGAAGAAGUUUAAAGGGCAGCCUAGCAAUGUCGGCCUCAUCCUGGCGGCAUUCGGAUCAUUUCUGUCAGGUCUACUCGUUGUCAUAGCGACCGGCAUGUUCGGCUCCGCGGCCUCUCGCCACCGGAACGUACACGGCUCCCUGGUAGCCAUCGGGUUCGGCGCGGCAGGGGGCGCCGUUUCGCUCAUCAUGGGCGCCGUCAUUGCGUUGCGGGUGUUCCUCAAGCACUUCUGUCCGGACUGCGUGCCGCUGUCACGUGACAUCCAUUUGCACGAGGCCUGCAACCAAGUAGACGUCAUGGUUGCCACGGACAACGACGAACAGUUUAAUCGUUACAGCAACCCGCGACUGUGAAUUGCAAGCGGACUGUUACAAAUUUACGUUUUGGGUGUGUAAAUACGUGUGCGUGAUUUUUUUCAUUGUCCCUUUGUAUAAAACCAAGAACAAUAUUCUAUAUUCAUGCACUAUAUGGGCUUAAGAUAUGGGCCUGAAAUUGUAUGUAUAGUAUGUAGUAUUAUUGUAAAAUAUAGUUUUAACUGUAUCACACAUUCAAUGAAAAUUAACGGUUAUGUUAAUACUUUAUAUUGAAAUGUCAAAACAAUUAAGUUCUCUACUAGCAUGAGUUCUUACCUAAAUAUAGUCACAUAAAAUCAAAGCGCUGAACGCACUUAAGUUGUUCGCUGUUGUAUAAUCUUAGACGCAACUCAAUUUUCAAAAUUAUGUUAAAGCUUUUUAUAUCGCAAGUUUAAAAUGAACGCACCCCAUUCAAAUGUAUAAAGAGUGUGUCUUAAAGCACAGGUUUAUAUGUUGUUUUUUUCCAAAUCAUUAAUAAAAAAGAUAAUUUAAGCUUCAUUUUUUGGAAAACGGCGCUUAAUGCAUAUGCAUUAAUUGUCAUCCCAGUACCAGAGACUGUCUUUAAACAAAAAACACCAUAAAAUCAGAAAGUGUUGUCCUUGAUAAGCUUGUGCGCAUUGCACAGGGUAAUCAGUGUGCACAGGCUAAUCUUAUUCGACAUGCAUUCAACUCCGUUUUCCUUGAAAGCAGCAACUAUGUACAGAUUUCAAUGAUAAACACUAGACUGGCCAAUGUCGUCUUACAAGCUGUUAAACACUAUUGAUUAAAUACAAACACUGCAGUAGUAGAGCAGACGCUUCUAGCAUUCGUCGUCUGCAUAAUUUUACUGCAGAUAGUGCAGACAGGCAGUGGUUAUUGUUCCUAGCGUAGCUUACAGCAGACUGACCUGCAGUUAUCGUUCCUAGCGUAUCUAAAAGCAGACUGACUUGCAA